CAGACCCCCCCUCCCCCCCCUCUCUCUCUCACUAUUUUCCUCCUUCUCAUUUCUCCUUGUCUUUCUCAUAUACCCAGGACCUUCUGGUAAGACCUUCCAGGACCUUCCGUCUAUCAGAAUGGAGACUUGUCAGGUGAGUGGCCAGGGGGAGCCAGCCCAGGGUCAGGGUCAGGUGGACUUGACAGAGGACCUGAGCAAGCAGCUAGAGGACAUCAUCAGUACCUACCAGGAGGCCAGUGAGGAGCCCACGGAGCAGGAGGACGUGGAAGAGGAGGCGCUGAAGGAGCAGGUCACUAAGAAGAGCUCCGCCAAGGAACAGAAACUAGAGAAGAAGAUGCUGAAAAGCCUUGGUAAAGAGGCCAUGCUAUUGAUGCAGAGUUUGAACAAGCUCGGCACUCCAGAGCAGAAACUGGAGGCCAUCAUCAAGAAACAUGCUGAGCUGCUGGAUGAGCACCGGGGUGACCAGAAGCAGCUGAAGUUUCUGCAGAAGAAGCUUCUCCAGGUGAUGAAAGAGAAGGACCAGCUCCAGAGUGAACACAGCAGGGCUGUUCUGGCCCGCAGCAAGUUGGAGUCCCUGUGUAGGGAGCUGCAGAGACACAACAAGACCCUCAAGGAGGAGACCCUCCAGAGGUGUAGGGAGGAUGACCUGAAGAGGAAGGACAUCACCACUCACUUCCAGAGCACGCUGACGGACAUCCAGGUCCAGAUUGAGGAGCACAGUACCCGCAACACCAAGCUGUGUCAGGAGAACAGUGACCUGGCAGAGAAACUCAAGAGCCUCAUCUCCCAGUACGACGCAAGAGAGGCGAACCUGGAAAAGGUGUUUAAACAUAGAGACCUGCAGCAGAAGCUGUUGGAAACUAAACUUGAACAGGCAAACAUGAUCAUUGCAGCGGGAGAGGAGAAGCACAAGCGAGAGAAAGACCACUUGAUAAAUAAGGCUGCACGGUCGCAGGUGAAGGUGCAGAUUCUGAAAGAACAAGAGGAAGGGAUGCAGGCCCAGAUUUCCAUGUACUCCGAAAAGUUUGAUGAAAUCCAGGGGACGGUGUCAAAGAGCAAUGGAGUGUACGCCAGCUUCAGACAGGACAUGGAGAAGAUGUCCAAGAAGAUGAGGAAGCUGGAGAAGGAGUCUAUCCAAUGGAAAAGCCGUUUCGAGGGCUGCAACAAAGCUCUUAUCGACAUGCUCACAGACAAAACCUUGAAGGAGAAGGAGUUUGAGCUGUUCACCUUGAAGACUCAGAAGCUGGAGAAACUGUGCCGGGCACUGCAGGAGGAGAGGAACAGUCUCUCUCAUAAGCUCCAGGAGGCCAAUCCAGCGGCUGUCACCAGUGUAGUGGAGACAAAAGAGAAGGAGAAUCCAGGGGUACCUGCUACUGAAAAGCCCAGUGAGACACCCUCUGAAAAACCCAGGGCUACUGAACCCCCUGCUCCUGAAACCCCUGCUCCUAUAGAGACCCCCGCAGUCGUAACCCCUAUUCUUAUAGAGACCCCCGCAGUCGUAACUCCUGCUACUGAAAAUCCCGCUCCUGCAACCCCCCUGACCAGAGAGCUGGCUGACCUGAAAGCCCAGAAGGCCCGUCUACAGGAGAUUCAAAUGUCCUUCACCCUUUCCAACGUCGUGCCGCCUGAAUUCUUUGACAACGAGGAAGAGGAGGAGACCACCACAGAGCCACAUGGACACACUGAGGCCCCAGAGGCCAGUAACGAGGAAACCAAGGCCCCAGAGAAGAAUCACACAGAGGGGUGUAACGGAGAAAAGACGACAGAGGAAACCACCAGCCCAUCUUCUUCUUCUGCCGCAGCAGCUGAAGAAGACGAAGCCCAGGAGCAGAGAGAUAGGGAUAUGGAGUCAGUUGACUAGACUAGGGUCGGUGUAGUUACAGUAAGUUACAAUCAGAGAUGGAGACCAUGUGAUCAUAACUUGUUUGAAUGGAAUUUUUAACAAUAAACAAUAAAAACGUG